UGAUUUGUAUUUUCUUAUUACUGUGACUUGGGUUCAAUCAGAUCUCGUCCUUGGUUGCUUCUGAUCCGAAGCUGAACCUUUCUACUUGGCGAGCUUUUGAGCAGCGUGGAGGGUUGUAUUCGAGUCUCUUGGUUUCCUUGGGACAGCCCGUUGAUCUGGAGUUGUUAUCUUACUUGUAGUUUCAACCCACUGGAGAUUUAAGCAAUAUUAUUCUUUCUCUGGUAGGUCCUAGCUCGCAAUGAAAUCACACGAUGCAGUUGAUUUAGAAGAUGGGAAGACGGGAAAAUCCGGAGAUAAGCCAAUGCAAAGAAAGCUACAUAAUCGGGCUUUGCUAUCGGGUUUAGCUUAUUGCAUUUCAUCAUGCAGCAUGAUUCUUGUGAACAAGUUUGUCCUUUCCAGCUACAACUUCAAUGCUGGGAUAUUUUUAAUGUUAUACCAGAACUUAGUCUCAGUGAUCAUUGUGGUGACUUUGAGCUUAAUGGGUCUAAUAACAACAGAACCGCUGACCUUGAGAUUAAUGAAGGUCUGGUUUCCAGUGAACGUGAUAUUUGUUGGCAUGCUUAUCACAAGCAUGUUUAGUUUGAAAUACAUCAAUGUAGCAAUGGUCACUGUCCUGAAGAAUGUCACUAAUGUGAUAACUGGAGUUGGUGAGAUGUAUCUAUUCAACAAGCAACAUGACAACAGAGUGUGGGCUGCUCUCUUCUUAAUGAUAAUUUCCGCAGUUUCUGGAGGGAUAACGGACCUAUCAUUCAAUGCUGUUGGCUAUGCUUGGCAGAUUGCCAAUUGCUUCUUAACUGCAUCGUACUCUCUAACUUUGAGAAAGACCAUGGAUACGGCCAAGCAGGUUACUCAAUCUGGAAACUUGAACGAGUUCUCCAUGGUCUUGCUUAAUAACACACUUUCAUUACCACUUGGGCUUCUUCUUUCUUUUUCCUUCAACGAGAUGGAUUAUCUGUAUCAAACGCCACUUCUGCGAUUGCCAGGUUUCUGGAUGGUCAUGACACUUAGUGGACUUUUAGGGCUUGCCAUUAGCUUCACUUCAAUGUGGUUUCUUCAUCAAACGGGAGCAACAACUUACAGCCUGGUGGGAUCGCUAAACAAGAUACCUUUAUCCAUCGCGGGGAUCGUUCUUUUCAAUGUACCAACCAGUUUACAGAACUCAGCAAGCAUACUCUUUGGUCUUGUGGCUGGGGUUGUAUUUGCCAGAGCCAAAAUGAGGGAGAAGUCCUAAUACCCUUAACAGUUCCAACACAUUUUCCUACAUCAAUCAGUAUAGGACAUGGCAAAAAA